UAGAUAAGUGAAUAGCCAAGGUCUUUCCCCUGGAGUAGGGAAAUCCAAAACUAGAGGGCAUAGAUUUAAGAUGAAAGGGGAAAGAUUUAAAUGGGACCUAACCGGCAACUUUUUCGCGUAGAGGGUAGUGCACGUAUGGAAUGCGAUGGCAGAGAAAACAGUACAAUUACAACAUUUAAAAGGCAUCUGGAUGAGUACGUGAAUAAGAAGGGUUUAGAGGGAUAUGGGCCAAUUGCUGUCAAAUGGGACUGGAUUAAUUUAGGAUAUCUAGCCGGCGUGGACGAGUUAGACCAAAGGCUGUGUUCCCGGGCUGUACAACUUUAUGACUAGGUAUUGAGGGGAGCAUCCAGUUGUGUGGCUCAUAUAGGAAUGAAUGAUAUGGGCAACUAAGAAUGGUGUUCCAUUAAAUUUGAAGAGUUAGGGUUCAAAUUAAAUGCAGAACUUCAAAUUUCAUGAUCUUUGGAUCAUCACUGCUAUGUCCCAUUAGUUUAGGAUUGAGCAGAUUAUGAAUGUAACUGUGCGGUUCAAAGACUGGUAUAAAGGGAAGAGGUUUUGAUUCAUUGGGCACUGGCACUAGUACUAGGUUAAGUGAGAGUAGAUCCAUUUGGAUGCUCCACUUAAAGCGGUCCAGAAUCAGUGACCUGUCAAACUUUUGUGGCUAGAGUUGUAGACAGGACAUUAAUCCAAAGGAGUCGCGGGAAGGGCAAUUUAGAAAUCCAAAGAGAAAAAUAAGAUAACAGAACAGGGAUUUAGGAAAAGGCAAACAGAGUGGGACAGAAUGUGUAGAGUUUACCAAUAAUUGUACAUGACCGUUCGUUAUACUAGUUGGUUUAAAAUAAAAAGGUUAUUAAUUGCAUGAAUAAUGCAAUAGGAUGAACCACAAAUAUAAAUGGAGGUACAUGGUUUAAAUCUAAUUGCCAUUACAAAGACAUAGUUGCAAGGUGAUCAGGUUUUGGAAAUAGAUAUUUUAGUGUACGCAAUAUUUUUUGAAAGCCAAAGGAGGAGGAAUAUCCUUUACAGAGAUGACAUAAGGACAGUAUUGAGUGAGAAUCUUGGCUCAAUAGGUCAGCAAGUAGAAUCAGUGUGAAUGGAGAUUAGGAAUAAGAUGAUUCAGAAAGUUUUGGUGCAAGUAGUUUAUAGGCUCCAUCAAAGUAGUUACAAUGUUGGGUAGUGUAUUAUGCAGGAAAUAAUUGGAGCUUGUAACAAAGUCAGUGUUAUAACUGAGGGAUUUAAAUCUUUAUAUCGAUUAGAUUAAUCAAAUUAGCAAGUCUUAAAGAGUUUGUAAGAUACUAUCAUAACCUUUUCCUAGAACAAUACGUUGUUGAACAGAUGGGGUGUAGCUAUUUUAAAUGGAGUAACAUGCAAUGAAGAAGGGUUAAUUAGUAAUUUCAUAUCAAAAAUCAGUUGGGAAAUAGUGAUCAUACAUUAAGAAUAGAUUAUAAUGGAAUGUAAAUGUGAGGGGAGAGUUUAAUUGGGUAAAUAAUAGUGGGAAGUGUUUAAAGAAAAUUUACCAAUAACAUAUUGUAUUCGAGGACAAAAACUCAGCAAGAUCCAUCCAUGACUUGCCGAGGAACCUAAGGAUAGUAUUAGAUUAAAAGUGACUAAAAAUAUUGCAAAGAGCAGUGGCAAGUCCAAGAACUGGAAUUAUUUUAGUAAUUAGCAAAGGGCUACCAACAUUAUAAGAAGGGAAAAAGAACAGAAUACCAGAGUACACUUGCCUGGAUUUUAAAAACAGAUUGUAAGGGCUUUUUUGAGUACAGACAACAGGGAAUCACUUCGGUACUUAGCUUGACACUAGGUGUUGGAAUAAUGCUAGUGGACCAUAGGCUGCUCUCUCAUCCGAGACAGACAACUGGUGGUGGUUUAACCUGAGGAUCAUCACACCUCAGAAGAAGGGCAAGAUUGAGAGAAGACUGAUGGUGAUGUUCUUUGGAAAAUUGUAAAUCAGUCAGCUUUGUUUGGAAUGCUUGGAGCUUUGACUUAGGACAUUGCUCUAUAGGAAGCUGCAUUCUGCCUCUUCUGCCUGACGAGUAAUGUAUGGACCAAGAUCCUUAGGAAGACUGGUGAACCAUGGCCCGGCCACAGGCCUUAGCGGUGACAGCAGCCACAUUACUGGGUACUGCUGUAGGCUGCCUGUACUUGUGGAAGGCCUUUAAAAGUCCCAAAUGGAAGAAGGCUCUGGCCAGCCAGAAUCAAGAAGGUGUGGAAAGAGAGAAAAUCACACAGAGUGAUGGAGAGGAAUCUUGCCAAAUAGAUAACACAGACGAUUUUGUCAAUCCCGGUUUGCUGGUGGAAAAACUGCUGACUGCAGAUGCCUUCAUAGUGGAGUCAGAGGAUGAAUGGGAGCAAGUCUGGCCAUUGUUGAAGACAGAACUGGAUAAUUACCCACUCAUAGGAAUUGACUGUGAAUGGAUUUCUAUAAAGGGGAAACCAAACCCAGUGUCUCUCCUUCAACUCGCCUCUUACAGUGGCUUCUGUCUUCUUGUCCGCAUGCCCCAGAUGAUUAGGGAUGGUCGCUUGAUGCCGAAGACCUUACUCGACCUACUGGGGAAUGGUAGUGUUCUAAAAGUUGGUGUUGAUGCUUUCGAGGAUGGCUGCAAGUUACUCCGAGAUUACUGCAUUACAGUCAGGGGCUGCUUGGAUGUGAGAUACUUAGCCAUGCGCCAGAGCAGGAAGAAUAGCUUUGCGUGCUCCCCCAGCCUGAAGUCCUUAGCUCAAGACAUCUUAAAUUACACCCUUGACAAGUCCCUACAUCUACGAUGUAGUAAUUGGGAGGCAGAAGAGCUCUCCAACGAGCAGAUAGCAUAUGCUGCACAAGAUGCCCAGGUAUCUGUGGCUCUGUUCUUUCAUCUGCUGGGAUUCAGUUCUGCACCACUUGAAGAUUGUAUGCCAUGUGAAUAUGAACCCACCUGGAAGCAGAUGCUGGCACGGUGCCAGGGCCUAAUAGAUGUCCCAUUUAAGGGCAAAGUGGGAAGUAGCAGAGGGGAAGAUGGAACAGGAGACAUCAACUCUCAGCAGAGACGACGAAACAAGAAGCUUGGGACCAACCAGAAAUCUGCAUCACACCUGAACACCCCAGACCCAAGAAGAAUUCAACACAAACCGCUCGGGGUAGGAUAUUCUGCCAGGAAAUCCCCACUCUAUGACAAUUGUUUCCUCCAUGCUCCAGACGGACAACCCCUGUGCACCUGUGACAGGAAGAAGGCUCAAUGGUACAUAGACAAGGGCAUCGGGGAGCUCAUCAGUGAGGACCCAUUUGUUGUGAAGUUGAAGUUUGAACCAUCAGGAAGACCUGAGUCUCAAGAAGACUAUUACCUGACAGCCAAGGAAAACCUUUGUGUUGUGUGUGGCAAGAGAGAGUCUUACAUCAGGAAGAAUAUCGUUCCCCACGAAUACCGGAGACACUUCCCUGUCCAAAUGAAAGACCACAAUUCUCACGAUGUCCUGCUCCUGUGCACUGCCUGCCAUGCUGCCUCAAACUAUUAUGACAAUGUCUUAAAGCAGCAGCUGGCAGUGGAGUUCAACGCACCGAUUGGUUGUGAGGAAAAUGUUCGCCUACUGGAGGAUCCGGUUCGCAGGCAGGUGCGUUCUGGAGCUCGGGUCUUGCUGCGCGCUGAAGGCCUUCCUGAGGCUCGGAGGAAAGAACUACAGGAUGUCCUGAAGGCUUUCUAUGGCGUGCAAACAUUGACCAGGGAGAUCCUUGAAGAAGGAGCAUCACUGGAAACGCGGGUAUUCAAUGAAAGCUAUGUCCCUCAUGGUUUGAAAGUGACACAGUCCUGUGCAGUUGGUGGUCUCCGAGCCCUAAUGUCUUUGGAAAAACGUUGGCGCCAGCAUUUCCUGGACUACAUGCGGCCCCGCCACCUUCCGCCCCUGUGGUCUGUGGAUCACAAUCACAACAAGCUGAUCCGCAAGUAUGGGGAGGACCUGAAGAUCGAGUUGACAUGAAAGAAGACGACUGGUGCAACUCAAUUCUUUGUCUUAUUUUUGCAACUGCUUCUCAAGACUGUGGAGACGAUCAAUUCCGAUGCAUGAGACACAUGUAUCAAUCUGCUCGUGAAGUACUGGGAAGGACUGCAAGUUUUUUUUAAUUUAUGAAAAUGGGAAAGUGCUGUUGAAACGGUGAACAGUUAAAUAAAACACUCUGACCUAUUAUCAAAUUUUAACACGUUUUAGAGGUUUGGUUUGCAAAUAGAACGUCUGGUACAAUAUCACCCAAGGUACAUUUUUAAAUUAAGACUUUAUUUAAAAUAAAAUCUUUUAAAAUAAAAACAAUAUCUUUGUACCAGCGGCACAAGUGAGUCUUCUGCUUGGAAAAUGGAACAGUUUGCAAUGGCAGAGGGAACUUCCAAUCUCAUAACAUACUAUCACAACCAAGUCACCUGGAAUCCUGCAGGUUAGUCAUUGCACCUGGCGUUUGAGGUUGAAAUAAUCAGAUUUUGCAAGAGUUGCUGGUCCAGACCCAUCAGAACAGUAAAAUAUAUUUUAGCUUUUAUACAAAGUUUUCAAAGCUAAUUCAUUUCCCCAAAAAACAGAUAGCUUUCCAAAUAUUUGAUUCCUUUCAUCAGAAAAGUGGUUUCAGAAUAAAAAUCUUUCUCUUGUCCAAAAAUGAAAAUUUCUAUUAUAACGUUUGUGUAGUUUUGUGGGUCCAGUUUGAGCCAAGCCCUUCUCCAGAAAGAGGCAUCCUCAUUAACACUUUGUAGUUAUUCAUCCAUUGUAAUCAUGUCUUGAGUUAACACCAACUAAAUUUGAUGCAUGUACAUUCCUGAUUCUCUACCUUUGUUGCAAGCAGUUUAUGAACUGAAAGGCAUCAUGCUUGAGCCUUCAAUAAACACAUCAUUUACAAAUACAAA